CGCACCAAUGAAGGUGUAUCAUACUGCGAAAACACUCCCAGAUGUCACCAAUGAGAAGUUCGCUUAGUUUUCAUCCGGGUUUGGACAGUGUCAGUCAUGGCGCCCCCCGUGAGAUACUGUGUACCUGGCGAACGUCUGUGUAACUUGGAAGAGGGCAGCCCGGGCAGCGGCACCUACACCCGGCAUGGCUACAUCUUUUCGUCGCUGGCCGGCUGCCUGACGAAGAGCAGCGAGAACGGAGCGCUUCCUGUGGUGUCUGUGAUGAGAGAGACAGAGUCCCAGUUACUGCCAGAUGUGGGAGCUAUUGUCACCUGUAAGGUCUCUAGCAUCAAUUCACGUUUUGCUAAAGUGUACAUCUUAUAUGUAGGGUCUACACCACUUAAGAACUCUUUCCGAGGAACUAUCCGCAAGGAAGAUGUCCGAGCGACUGAAAAAGACAAGGUUGAAAUUUAUAAGAGUUUCCGCCCAGGUGACAUUGUCUUGGCCAAAGUGAUAUCCCUAGGUGAUGCACAGUCCAAUUACCUGCUGACCACUGCUGAAAAUGAGCUAGGAGUGGUGGUGGCUCACAGUGAAUCAGGUGUCCAGAUGGUUCCCAUUAGCUGGUGUGAGAUGCAGUGCCCGAAGACCCACACAAAAGAAUUCCGGAAAGUGGCCCGAGUACAGCCUGAAUUCUUGCAGACCUAAGAAGCCAUAUUUUACUCCAAGGAGGGGAGUAAGCUAUUUCCAAGAGUACAUGUAUAAAAAUUACAUUGAGAUGCCAUGGUCUUUAUUCAGAUUCCUGGGAUCAGCCAACAACCACCUCUAGAAAAAUCUGCUAGUAAUUUAUUCUAUAGAUAGACCAUUAUUCUUAUGAGCCUUUUAGUGAAUUUCAUCCUCCUGUUGAUAAAACUUCUCUUUUAGAGACACCAGCAAACAAAAUUAUAUAAUGUUGGAAAUAGCCUAUUCCUCCUGACAGUCAUUAGAAAUAAUGUAUUUUUUUGUUUGUUUUUUGGGGGAUUUUUUUGGUACCAGUGAUCGAACUUGGGUUCUUGCGCUUGCACAGCAGGCAGCGAAACCACUGAGCUAAAUCCCCGGCCCAAAAUAAUGUAUUUUUUGCUGUGACAAAACAUUUUUACAUCCAGGCAUUGUAGCACAUAGCUGUAAUCCCAGCACUCAGGAAGCUGAGGCAGGAAGAUUGUUACAAGUUCAAGACCAUCAUGGGCUAUAUAUGUAGUUCAAGGCCAGCCUGAACUACAUAUCGAGACCCUGUCUCAAAAAACAAACAGGCCAGGCAUGAUGGCAUGUACCUGUAGUCCCAGCACUCAGGAGGCUGAGAUGAGAGUAUCUGCAAGUUUCAGGCCAGCCUAGGUUAUGUAGUGAGUUCAAGGGGAGCCUGAACUAUAUAUCGCAAAAUCCUGUCUCAAAACAAAAAAAGCCAAAACCAAAAAUUUUACUAAAAAGGAUUCUCGAACAGGGAAAAACGUUAAAUUGUGUCAUGACUAUUAGAGCAGUGGCUUGUUCUCUUUGUUAACUGCUAUUAAUUGCCAUACAUCAACUGCCUGCUUGCUCUGGACAAAGCCUGAUUGCCGAUUUCUUGUAUUUUUGUGUUCUCAGUUCUACAUUCUAGGUGCCAAGCCCUGGGGCAGGCACUUUAUGUAUAUCCCUGAUUUAGGCACUUUGUGGUUUAGUGGAAAUUACAAGACAUACCUGGUGAUCCAGGUAACAUGUGAGUAGUUCUGAAAAGUGCUUAGUAAACAAAAUAUUAUUGACAUAGUGGGAAAUAUUUGUUAAAUCUGGAUUGAAAAGAGGGACAGAGCACUAUCAGGUGAAGUGGCCAGGGAAUGAUUUGUGACACGAUGUCAGAAGGAACUGAAGAGCUUGAAUAAGAGAAGUCAAGAUUCUCCAGGCAAAGAGAAGCCCAAGAAAAGUACUGAAUUAGAAAUGAGAUUGUAAAUUUGGGGAUGAGGAGAGAAUAGGAGAAGAGGAAGAAAGGCUAUAGAGUAGGAAGGAAAGACGAACAUGAAAUGGCUCUUCUUUUUUAAAUUUUUUUUUAUUUAUUGGGGAGAGGCAAGGGACUAGGGGUUGAACCUAGGGCCUUCACACUGAGCUACAUCCCCAUCCAUUUUUUAUUUUGAGACAAGUUCUUGCUGAGUUGCUAAUUGAUCCAGGCUGGGCUUGAACUUUUGAUCCUCUGCCUCAGUCUCCCAGAGUGCUUGGAUUGUAGGUGUGUGGCUCUGCACCCAGGAAAAUGGCCGUUCUUGAGAUGUUACUCAAGAUGCCGCUCACCUCACGGUACACUCUUUGGGUGAGCUCUGGAGGCAGCCUACCUGCCUUUGUGUCCUUAAGUUGCUGACCUUAUCUAUAAGUUAAAGGCUUUCUACUUUUUCAGUUGAAUAUUUUAUUGCCAUGACUAUAGAUCCACAUACAGUUUUUCUGUUUGAUUGGUUUUGUUUGGUUUUUUUUGCAGUGCUGAGGAUCAAGCCCAGGCCUUUGUGUACGCUGACCACAGGUUUUAUUGCUGAGCUAUACCCGUAGCAUUCACAAAGCUCUAGGGUUAAUUCCCAACACUGGGGAAAAAAAUAAUACAGAGAUCCCUUGUGCCCUUUUGGGCAAUUUCCCAGACUGGUGACAUUUUGCAUAAUUAUAAUGCAUCAGGCUGAUGCUAUAGCUCAGUGGAGGCUUGCCUCCUAUGCUGAGGCUCUGAGAGAAUUAAUCACCAGCAUGACCCCCCCCCAAAAAAAGACCAAUAAAACAGACUACCAGGAUGUUGACAUUGA